UUAUACAACUUAGUUAUACCAACAUUGAUCACAGGUGCAGUAUGCCUCUUGUGGCUAUUUGCAUGUCAAACACUAUCAGCUCAGAAGAUACAUAUUGGAACAGGAUUUGUAUAUAUAUGUUGUUGGGGACUUUAUUAUAAGGAUGAUAUUUAUGCCAAGUAUGCAGUGGCGAUGGUGCCAGCAGGUGUAGUGUUGCAGUUCUCACUCAUUGGUCUUGGUCUGAUAAAGGAUGAGAAGGCUGUCAAGUCAAUGUCAAGGAGUGGUGCACCACACGAGUUACUAUACGGUCCCGUCACCUAUGGUAUCGUUAUCGUACUCUCCACCAUCAUCUACUGGGUUGACUCACCAAUUGGUAUCACGGCCACAAGUGUACUAUGCUGUGGUGAUGGAUUCGCUGGUCUGGUUGGCGAAGCGAUUGGUAAACAUAGACUACCUUAUAAUAAGCACAAGUCGAUGAAUGGGACGAUGGCAUUCUUUGCUGCCUCGUUUGUUGGCUCAAUCGUAUAUCUGAUGAUCAUUCAAUCGUAUGGAUACCUGGCACAGCUAUCAAUCUUGGCUUUCAUACCCUCUUUGCUGUUGGUGUGCAUCGUGUGCACUCUUGUUGAGUCAUUGCCCAUUGACAACUGGGACAACGUCACUGUAUUCUUAUCAUGUGUUGUCGCACUCAAGGCAUUGGGGUGG